AAACCAGAUCUUCUUAUCUGCUGCUUCACUUCACUCAAAAAAAAAGCUCUCAGUAGACCUAAAAUCCCCAAUUUGGAUUUCCAGAAUUUUCAAUUGGAUUCUAGGGUUUCUGAAUCGGCUCCCACAAUCCACCAUAAUUGAUUUCACUCUCCUCCGCCAUGUAAUGUAGGGUUUCAAUUUCAGCAAAUAUGGAUUGGGUCUGGUACGAUACGAAGCCAGCAAAAGUUUCAAAGAGGGUGUGGUUAGUAAUUCAAAAAACGAUGGGGCUCCUCGUGGGUGGGAAUCACACCUCCUCCAGGUUUUGCACUCGCUAAUCUACUCUCUCAUUCUGUGUUUGGCUUUUUUCCCUCGCAAAGUUUUCUUAUAGAAUUCUUUACCAAUUAAACAAAGUUCCCAACUUUACUCUUUUUGAUAAAAGAACUGAUCUUUGAUCGAGAAACCCCGUUUGCUUGCGUUACGAUUUGGGCCGUAUGUUUCAGUGCCGAGUUUUCAAAAUGAAAACAAUCAAGGAUUUGAAGGCUCUGAAAUCGCAGAUCCUUCAUGGGUCUUUGGCCAGGCGUGUGUUUUUCCGCGCUUUCUUUAUCGCCUCGGCCAUGUCCGUUAUACCGUUGAUUCACAUUUUGUCAGGACCCUAUAUAACAAUGUUCACUUUUGUGAAUCCGGGUGACUGCGCCUCCGAAUUGGGCCAUACCCAUGUCGACUUGGCCCCGGGAAAGUUCAACUUUCAGAGUCGUUACCUGAAUCCCUUUUGGGGCUCUUUCGAUUCGGACCGGUGCAAGCAAGAUGUGAACUUGACUGUCAGCGUGGUCAGAGAGCUUAUGGGCAAGCAGCUAUUGAAUUAUGGUACAAAAGCUCUCUGUGUUGGAGAAGGCUCCGCCUCAACCGUGUUGGCGUUGCAAGAUUUGGGUUUCCCCAAUGCUCGUGGUGUUUAUGAACGCCGGUUCUUCUCACUCAAGCGCAAACAGUUCGUGUACGAAAUUGACUAUGAGGACAAAUCUUUUGAUUUUGUGCUCUCCAGGGAUCUAGAUAAGGUUUCUGUCCCUGCGCUUCUUGUGCUCGAGAUCGAGCGUGUACUUAGCCCUGGUGGGAUUGGGGCAAUACUUGUGGGUAGCAGCAUUUCCGCCCCGAAUAGCUUGAUUAGGUCUGCCACCCCAAUUUCUUCGUUACUGAAAAGUUCCAGCGUUGUGCAUGUUAACCACAUCGGUAACUUCACUUUGGUUGUGUUCAAGAAAAGUUAUGAAAAUGCUGGGCUUUUUGAGAAGUAUCGCCUUCCGGCUGACUGCCAAUCUCUCACAAACAAUCGACCUUUCAUUGGGAAAAUGGAGCCUCUUGUGAAGGAAAAGCCAGUCGAUUAUGGAAAGAAGUUCAAUUAUUUGCCUAAUUUUGUUGAUCUUUCCUCAAAGAAUCGCUUGGUCUAUGUUGAUAUUGGGGCAGCGGAGCACCUGAACUCAAAUGCUACAAAUUGGUUCCUGCCCUCUUAUCCCGUCGAACGCAAAUCUUUCCAUACUUAUUUUGUUGACCACAACACUUCUGUUCUAUUGUCCUAUGUCAAAAAGCCAGGAAUCACCUUUGUUUAUCAUCCAGGGCUGGCUGGAAUUAAGGCUCAAGUCAAUGUUACAACUGAUGGAGAAACAGAGCCAUAUGUGGGAGAUGAAGGGUUUGAUUUCCAUGCCUGGUUUAAGGAAACAGUGCAGUUUGCAGAUUUCGUGGUCCUGAAGAUGAAUGCAGGGAAUGUAGAACUGAAGUUCCUCGCGGAGCUGUUUGAAAGUGGAGCCAUAUGCUUUGUAGACGAGCUGUUUCUUCAUUGCUCCAGCAGUGUUGAUGCAGGAGGUGCAAUGCCGGUGGACUGCAUGGACAUCUUCAGAAGCCUCCGUAGCAGUGGUGUCUUUGUGCAUCAGUGGUGGGGAGACGGCAACCCUGUUGAUGUUCUGUGAUCUGUUCGGUUUGAUCAUGUUUCAACCGUGCUGUUGUGUUAUGUUGUUGAACUCGGGCUCACAACUGCUCGAGGAUUGAAGCAAUCAGCGACUUCACUGGCUACAAUCAACACUAGAAAAUGAUACACCCAUUUUAUCGUUAGAAAGACGUAGACUAACAUAAACUGUACAUAAAAUGUAGAAUCAGAACUGUACAGAAGAUUGAUUAUAGUUUCAAGUGAAGUUUCACUUUGGUCCAUAUAGUUUCAAUUGUCGUGAUUUAACCACUGUAAUUUACUGAUUGUUGCAAUGUGAGCAAAAUGGCUUAACUCAGCCACUAUUUCAACGGAA